AUGAAUUCAAAUGCAACCUCACAGGUCGCGAGGACAGUUCGAGGAUGUGAAGUGAUCCCUCUACGAACUCUUGAUCAUACAACACAAGAGGCGUACGGCUGGCUCGUCUUCCUUACAGUCAUAAGCCUCAUUACCUGUCCCAUCACAACUGGUUUGAACACACUGAUCAUGAUUGCUGUAAAAACUAAACACCGAGUGAAAACCAAGUCUAACAUUGCUCUAGCUUGUUUGUCUUCUACUGAUGCGGUUAUGGGAGUGAUAGGUCAGCCACUUUCCAUCUUUUGGGUGAUUGCAGAACUGCAAGGAAACACUUCCAGUACGUACUGUGUACGAAUACAAUUAGCGAGAAUGGCCUUAAGAGUGUUAGGUGUGGCAUCACUGUUUCACCUGGCUAUGGUGUACGUAGAACGCUACAUUGUCAUGAAACAUUCUUUGAAAUAUGAAACCUUAGUCACUGAAACUCGCUCGAUUACUGUUUCAGCUGUCUUGUGGAUCAUAACAAUUCUUUUACAGUUACCGUGCCUGCAGAUAGCAUAGACAACGAUGAUAAUAAUUAUGUUAUAGUUCACACUGGUAUAAUGUUUUUAUGCAUUGCCGCUAUUUUCUUUUGUCAAGUGGUGCCUUGCUUUGAAACGCGUCGCCAUGAAAAAGAGAUUGCCACUCAGCAAGUUUCCGUUGAAGUCAGAGAGAAAUUCGUGAAGGAAAAGAAAGCUUUUAAACUGACCACAACUAUACUAUUUUUCUUGAUGCUUAGCUAUUUACCCUUAAUAGCUUCCCGACUCCUUGUAUCAAAGUUGGUCAUAACUUCAGUAAAUUCCGCAUACUUCGCCUUUUUCACAGGCGUUUUUACAGCGUGUUCCAAUUCCCUUUUAAAUCCAAUUAUAUAUUGUGUGCGAAUUCAACAGUUUCGAGUUGCGUUGAAGGAAAUUGUGCUAAGAAAAUCAAACAUAAAGGCUUUGAACUGA